GAAGAAAAAUGUGUAAAUAAAUGAUGUGAAUAGGCAGAACUAUUUAAAGUUGUACUGUGGUGACUUAAUAGUAAAAGUUGUGGUUAUCUUUUCAGAAACACCAAUAUCUGGAGGGAAAAAGAAUGUUAAGAAAAAACAAAAUAUUAAUUUUUAAAUACUUUCUUAAUCUCAUUAAUGGAGCUUUCUUGGUUCUUGGACUUUUAUUAUUGGGAUUUGGUGCAUGGCUUUUAUUAGAUAGAAAUAUUUUUUUCACAGCUUUGGAUAAAAAUAAUCAUCUGAUAGUAUAUAUUUUUCAAAUUUUGACUGGAACUGGAUCUGCUAUUGUUCUUCUUUGUCUCUUGGGUCAUUUGGGAAUUCACAAUGAAAUCAGAUGGCUCCUAAUCCUGUAUGCAGCACUGUUAAUGUGGGCCUUUGGUGUUCAAGUUGUACUUUCAGGAUUCAUCUUCACAAAGAAAAAAGAGAUUCACCAAGUAUGGCAUGAUAAAGUUGACUUAAUCAUUGCUGAGUAUGGAUCUAAAGAUAUGCCUGAAGAUAUACCCAAGUGGACUUUUCUGAAUGCUUUACAGAAAACAUUGCAGUGUUGUGGCCAGUACAACUACACAGACUGGAUAAAGAAUAAAAAUAAAGAAAAUUCAGAACAGGUGCCAUGUUCUUGCACAAAUUCUACAUUAAGAAAGUGGUUUUGUGAUGAGCCACUGAAUGCAACUUACCUAGAGGGUUGUGAAAAUAAAAUCAACACAUGGUAUAACGCUAAUGCUUUAACAUUAACUGGAAUUAACUUCGGACUUUUGGCUUCAGAGGUUUUGCAAAUCACAUUAACUGUUUCUUUCUUCAGACACAUCAAGAAUAAAGUAUAUGCAAAAAUGUGAUCUCUGGACUUUAAUUUACCCAGAAGAAACCAGCUAAUUCUCAAAAUAACCACAUUGUGUUCUUUUACUCCAAAAAUAAAAAAAAAAUUGAAUUACAUUAAUUAAGUUUAGAACUUAUUCAAGUCAUUGGUUAUAUGUAACAUAGAAUUAUGGAAUAUUAUAAGAAAUCACUCCAUGAAAUUCUCAUUUUGUUUUUCAAAAUAUCAAAUUCUGCAGUUCAGAACUUUACCUUGAGUUAUUUUCUGAAUUCAAGGAUGUCAUUAUAUACACUGAAUUCAAAAUGUGAAGUAUCACUAUAUGUUUUGAGUUUCCUAUAUAGAAAAGAUACAUAUAUGAUGCUUAGAAAAUACUAAUUAAGUAAACAAUCAUAAUAUCUACCUUGCAUUUGCAAUUUUAAGAAAACGAUACUGAUUUGUGGGAGAUUUAAAAAAAAGAUUGAAAAUCUUCAUGUCACUGACCUCUGUACUGAAUUAACCAUUUAUUUCUGUCUUCUGAUUAAUGCUUGCAAGUGGAUAAUAAAAUUUUAGAGAUUUGGGUAUACUUUAGUGGCAGUAAUAAAAUAUUAAAAUCACAAUUUUUAACUGUAGCAUAAAUGUCCUAAAUGAUCACUGAAUUCCCAAUACUCAACUUGCUACUCAUUUUCUUCUUCUUCCUUAAAUUUUGUUCAGGCUUACAUGCACAAUUCUCUGAAGGAUAUAAAAAUAGCCUACCUGUUCUAUUUUCCUAAAAGUGAUAUUGUGAGAACAGGAAAAAAUCCUUUGACAAAUAAAAAGUGCUAUACAAAUGAAAGGCAUUACCAUAUCAUUGUUGUUCUUUAUAGCAAAAAGACUACCUUGACCUUGAGGAAAUCAAGAAAAGAUAAAUUAACUGAAGAUCCUGCAUCGCUCUCACUCCUAUGGAAGGUUCACUGUCAUUUACUAAUUCAGUCAUUUGUCUUUUCAUCCAUCUGUUCAGUACAUUUCAUAUUUCAGAGACCUGUGAACUUUUUACAAGGCAGUGCAAAAGGAAACAGAAUAACCAUUUUCUCUAAAGCAACCUGUAAGUGCACAUGCCUUCACUUCUUUGAGAGAGAUUCUUUUGGGAAUGUUUUAUAUUUUAUUUUUUUAAUGUUUUCAUUUUUAUUUAUUUUAAUUCCAGUAUAGUUAACAUACAGUGUUAUAUUAGUUUCAGGUGUACAAUACAGUGAUUCAACAAUUCUGUACAUUACUCAUUGCUCACCAGGGUACGUGUAGUCACCAUCUGUCACUGAGUCCUCUUUGCAACUCCAAGGCCUCACUCUGCACUUGACAAUGUAGGUGGCCACCAAAGGCCAUUGAACUUUAUUAAGUCAGGUUAAUCAGUAUGCUAUCAGAUAAAACUCAGUUGCCCUCUUAGAUUGUCUCACUUUGACUACACUCAAUGGUUUUGAUUUCAUCUGGCCAUCGUAAAUAUAAUCUGUCCAAACUUGUUUGGGAAACAGUAGCUGCUAGUUUAAUUAGUCACUGCUACCCACAUUUCAUUUCUCUAGGAACCUGAAUAAGAGAUGUUGGCAGUGCAAAAACUCCUGUAAAAGGUUUUCACUGAAACACAUUUUUAAAAGAAUAUUGCACCAGAAAUACUGUCAGGCAGCCCUAAGUGUUUGUUUAAUAUUUGCAACAUCUGUGUAAUAUUUUUAUACCUUUGUUUUAUUUUUCUGAUCUUAGAGGAGUAAUUCUUCAGCAUAAGAGUCCCUGGCAAAAGGAAAACACAAAAAUCUAAUCUUUUUGCUGCCAUGAUAUAAAGCUGGAAAAAAAAAUGUUCUUAAUUAAAAUAAAAAUAAAUUUUAAAAACUCAUUUCACACCACCUGUUAUUUAUCAUAGUUUAUCCUCUGUUAUUUAUUUUUCUUCUGUGUCCCUUUGUAUUUUUGAAGUCACCCAUUAGAUGAAAGAAGAUAAUGGCAUAUAUCCAGUAAAUUUAUAAAUAUUUAUUGAGCAAUGUAGGAUUUUAACCCUAUACAAACAAUAAAACCUGGGAAAGCAGAAGCUACUCCUUGAUAAAUUAAAUUAUAGGGAUUAAGCCUUUGCUAGUAUUCAGAAUA